AUGGUAGCCCCCAUUAAGGGAGAAGUUUUGCAAGUCUACCUGGCAGCCUCAGAAGAAACCAUUAGUGCAGUCCUAACAGCGGAGAGAAAGGGAGGGCAAGUGCCUAUAUACUUUGUGAGUAGAGUGCUCCAAAGUCCAGAAACAAGAUACCCAAAAAUUGAAAAGUUGGCCCUAGCAUUAAUCCAUGCUGCUAGGAGGCUCCGGCGCUACUUUCAGGCCCACCCAAUCCAGGUCCUCACAGACAAGCCGAUAAAGCAAGUGCUUACUAGGCCAGAAUUAUCCGGGCGAUUGGCCAAAUGGGCUAUCGAACUAGGGGAGCAUGAGAUAGAAUUUUGCCCAAGGAAUGCCAUCAAAGGACAGGUACUAGCAGAUUUCCUAGCAGAGACACCAAGUAAAGAGCCUACUCAAAAAAGGAAGACCCCGACAAAAGAAGUGUAUGAGGAGCCUAUGGAGCCAGAAACAUGGAAAUUGUAUACGGAUGGAGCCUCCAGUGUCGAUGCCUCCGGAGCUGGAUUGAUACUUACUAAUCCAGAAGGCCAAGAAUUCACAUAUGCCCUUCGGUUCAACUUCAAGGCAACUAAUAAUGUCUCAGAGUAUGAAGCCCUAUUGGCAGGACUCCGGAUAGCCCAAAAAAUGAAGAUGAAGCACAUACACGCUUUUGUGGACUCACAGAUAGUGGCUUUUCAAGUAGAUGGAACUUAUGAGGCAAAAGAGCCGGUUAUGAAAAAAUAUCUUGAGAAAGUAAGGCAGAUUAGACAACAAUUUCUCUCUUUUCGGAUUCAGAAUAUCAGUAGGAGCAAGAACAAGAUAGCAGACGCCCUAAGCAAAUUGGCAUCUACAUCGUUUGCUCACCUUACCAAGAAAGUGUUGGUAGAAACCUUAGAGAGAAGUUCGAUUGAAGAAAGUCCGACUGUAGCCCCAAUAGAAGAAGACGACCCUACAUGGAUGACACCAAUUAUCGAUUAUCUCACCAAUGGGACACUUCCCGCUGAUAGAGACCAGGCAAGGAAAAUCAGAGUCAAGGCUCCGCAAUAUGUACUCAAGGAAGAAGGCUUAUACAAGAAAUCAUACUUGGGUCCUCUACUUCGAUGCGUAGGACCAAGGCAAGCUAAGGAAGUUAUUUGA